CGGAAUGUAACAGAAAUGUUUCUAAAUAAAUUUCUCCUGGCAGGGAUGUGUGUGGUGUUCGGGUGUUCACGCACUUCUGGCCACGCAGAGUCCGAGCACUGCUGUGCCUUUAAGAGUGGGACUGUGAGUUGAGCGCCUUCCGCCAUUUCCGUCGCUUUCUGCAGCCGGUAGCGUCUGUCACUCAAAGCCCCCCAAACGGUGUGGACUUCAAAACACAAAUAAUGUCGUACACAGCCGUUCCGGUUGUCCAGAACUAAAGCACAAAGAGGUCAUAUAAGCUGCGUUAAUACUGUGGAGUUUCUAAUGCUGAACCAUGGAUGAGGAGGACAGCCAGGAUGAGCUGAUCAAUAAGAACGCUUCUCAUGGAAAAGGCAAGAGGCCUGCCUCAUCUAUUCUCUCUGAUGAAGAGGAAAAUUCAGAUGAUGGAUGUGACUCACAAGAAGGUGCCACAGACAGUGAGGAGGAUGAUGAAGAUGACGAUGAUGCCUCCGUAGAUCGAGAUGAUGAAGAUGGCGAGGAAGAGGAUGGGGAGGAUAGUGGGCAUGAGGAUGCCGAAAAGGACCUGGAGGGGGCUGUAGGGAGCACAUCCACUGACCUCGCUGGGCUGAGCUCAGAUGAGGAUGCAGAAAAAUGCCCCAUCUGCCUCAACUCCUUCCAUGAGCAACCAGUGGCUACACCUGAGAGCUGUAUGCACUACUUCUGUCUGGACUGCAUUCUGGAAUGGGCGAAGAAUGCUAACUCCUGUCCUGUGGACCGGAUAGUCUUCAGUAAUAUCCUACUUCGAAAAUGCUUUGGAGGCAAAGUCCAGAAAACGAUAAUGGUUCAGAAAACAGUGAAGGCUGGCCAAGAGGAGCAGGUGGAUCUGGAUCUGGAGCAGACCAGCUGUGAGGUGUGUGGUGGAUCAGACAGAGAAGACCGCCUGUUGCUUUGUGAUGGCUGUGAUGCUGGGUACCAUAUGGAGUGUUUGACACCCCCUUUGGAUGCUGUGCCUGUUGAGGAGUGGUUUUGCCCAGAAUGUGCACCAAAUAACCACAACACAAGAAGAGAGCGAUCAAGUGAAGAUGAAAGCAGCAUUCUUCCCACCACCAGCCGCUCUUGGCUGCCCACCUCCAGGCCCACCAGAGCCAUCGCACGCACUCAGCACAGCGAGAGGGUCCGCGCCAACAUCAACAGACACCGUAUCACACAGGCACGCACUGCUGCACAGAUUGCUCCCCGGUACCUGAUGCAGUCCACCUGGCUGGAUGAGACCAUUAAUGCUGUGGUGGCUGGACUCAACACAGCUGUAUAUGUGCGGGACUUGACCCCCCGCCCACGGCCCCGCAGGAGGCGAAGGACAGUUAAAAGAAGGAAAACUAAAAAAGAAGGGAAAGCCACUGGGGGCAAAACAGCAAGCACAGGGGUGAAGAGACGGAAGCGUAGAGUGAGAAGGACAAAGUCAAGAAAAAAAUUGGUGCAGAAGAUGAAGACCACUACUCGAGGUCGUAUCGCACGCAGUCUGGGCAUUAAGAAGCCCGUUCGCAGCUCUUCCAUUCCCUCUGUGUACCGUCCAUCUGAGCAAACACUUGGCAGCAUGAGAGCAGACAUUGGGGCAGCCUCCCUGUCUAUUUAUGGAGACCCUUUUGAUCUUGACCCCUUUGAUGAUGAGAGUGAGGAGACACAGCAGGCACCAACUCCGUCCUCUUUGCUAGAGGCUAAGCGACGGGGUUUGUCACGCUCUGCCUUGCGCUCUCACCAGCCUGUGGCCCGACCCAUAUCUGCUGGUUUACCCAGCAGGAGAGGGCAAGGUAUCCCUCAGGUGCAGGAGGUGGCUGAGGCUGCACCAGUACCAGACCUGCUGGGUAGCAUCCUGAGCGGUCAGAGCAUGCUGCUUAUGGACAGUUCUGAUGUGAUCAUCAACAGAGAUGGCUCUCUCAAAGCCACCAAACCUGUGAGUUUGUCUUUGCCAAGGACCAGCAUCUCGGGCAGCUCAGCUUCAGAAGAAACACGGAGCACACCCUCCACUGAAGCAAGUCCCUUUAAGUCCGCCAGACAGCCUGCCUCCUCCUCCUUGUCACCCUCUGCCCCCCCCUUACAGAGACGUUCAUCACACAGUUCCCCACUUCCCUGUCCUGCGCCCAUGACUCCAGUAUCCCCCUCCUCACCCACUUCACUCACACCCUCACCUGUCCUUGGGCAAUCACGAUUGCAUACGCCAGUGCCCCACAGACCAGUGCCGUCACACCCUGCUGGAACUGAACAGAGUCAGUGGGGCACCUGUGCGUUCAGAGGCCAAACCCCAACAAGGAUUCAAAGUGGUGCCUCUGACGCCCGCUGUGGAGUAAGGGGAGAUGCUCCUCAGCAGCCCCCUGCAAAAAAGCCUCCACCCAAGCCAGUAUGGCUGGAUGUGUCUGGGUUGCCAAGGAUACCAAAGAUUAAAAGGGAAAGCAGUUCUGCAGUGCAUGGCAGCAGUGGGAGCAAUGGCAACAACUUACCAGCAUCUUCCAUGACCAGUUUAGCAGGUGACAAAGGGAGGGAGCAUACUGUUGACCAGCAACGGGCAAGUGUAAGCCAGAGUAGGGCAGUAGACAGCCAAAGACAUAGGCUACACAGUGCUGGACCUUCGUCCUCUUUUUCUAACUCUUUCUCUGCUCCCUCGUCCUCGGCCAGCGUAACUUCAAAUUCACGGCCAUCGUCAUCUUCUGCUAUUAGCUUCCGCAUUAGCACGAGUGGGAACCCGUGGCAUGCUCGGCGGCUUUCUGCACCUGAGCAGGCUCUGCCUGUGAAAGAUGAGUCUGCAAAGAAGGCACAGAAAGACAAGCAAAAGCUGCUAACGUCCCAUUCUCAGGCUAAAAAGCCCUCUGUGAAGAGCGAGAUUUAUGAUCCCUUUAAUCCCACAGGGUCUGAUUCGUCAGAAAGUGAAGCUGAGAUUGACUGUCCUGAGAUGGAACCCCGAAGCAGUGUGUCCAUGCAGCCGGCUGUGGAACAAACUGAAGGUCCUGUACAUCAGAUUAAAGCAGAACCCAUGGACAUGGAUUCACCUGUGGAAGAAGAACAUUCUGAAAUGUUUGUGCAAGUUAAAAACGAGCCAGCUCCUUUCAAGGAAGACCCAUGGUCACUGCCGUCGGAUCAGUUAGCCAGCGGACAUAUGCAAAUGCAAUCUGGGAGUCUGUCUGCUGUUAUGGCUUACAGUGAAAGCCCUGCCAUGUCUGAUUCUGAGAGUAGUGGAACUCCUGAAAGCCCAUUUACCAAAGCAUUGGGUCGCUCCAGAUCGAGCUCAACCUCCAGUCAUCACAGUGACAACAAAGUGAAGAUGGAGGUGAAGGCUGAACCAGAAGAUGAGCCAUCUCCAGUGCAGCCCAAGUGCAAGUCUGAACCUGAUGUCCCCAAAGGGAAUGGCUUGUGUGAAGUGCCAUCAUUAGCAAGCAGCUCUGAUGUAAGCAGCAAGAGCAAGCAGCAGGAAAUAUCUCCAUGCCCCAAGCCUGAGGAAGAAGGCAGGCAGUCAGAGUCUGCUUCCCAAAGCCCUAACUCCAAAGAAUUAGAACGCUGUAAUAAAAAGAACAAACACUCAAGGUCAGAAGAAAGGAGGCACUCGCCCUCUAGAUCUCCAUGCCGCAGGCAGUCUCGCUCGAGAUCGAAAGAAAAAAGGCGGUCUCGCUCGAGAUCGAAAGAAAAAAGGCGAUCUCGCUCGAGAUCGAAAGAAAGAAGGCGAUCUCGCUCGCGAUCGAAAGAAAGAAGGCGAUCUCGCUCGCGAUCGAAAGAAAGGAGGCGAUCUCGCUCGCGAUCGAAAGAAAGAAAGCGAUCUCGCUCGCGAUCGAAAGAAAGAAAGCGAUCUCGCUCGCGAUCGAAAGAAAGAAGGCGAUCUCGUUCCAGAUCGAAAGAAAGGAGGCAAUCUCGUUCCAGAUCGAAAGAAAAAAGGCGAUCUCGUUCCAGAUCGAAAGAAAAAAGGCGAUCUCGUUCCAGAUCGAAAGAAAAAAGGCGAUCUCGUUCCAGAUCUAGAGAGCGAAGGCACUCACAUUUACGAGACAGGAGGCGCUCAACUCGCUCCAGCAGUAAUGAGAGCUCAAGGAAGAGGAAAGCAAAGCGGGAUAGCCAUGAGCGGUAUGAUGGCAGAUUGAAAGAUGGACACAAGAGAUCCAAAGAUAAAAAGCGUUCUCGCUCUCACUCACAAUCCAGGUCUAGAUCAAGGUCCAGAGAGAGGAGGAGAGAGCAGACGUCCUCACACAGGUCUUCCUCAGCAUCAAGAGAUGGAGGCGAGGCGAGGCCAAAAAGGAAGAGAUCUAGAUCAACCUCUCGAGACCGAAAACGGAGAGCAGAUGUGCCGGAGAGCUCUCACCAGAAAGAAAGGAGCACUAACAAAUCUACAAUAUCAACUUCUGUUGAGGCAACAGUGCCAAAUCACAGUUUGAUCAAAAAUGCACUGGCAUUGAAGGGCAAGAAAGAUUCUGGAGGAAAUGAAUGUGAGACCAGAAUUUCAGUUGUGUCAGUUAAAGUGCAGAGUGAACCCAGUAGUCCUGGCUAUUCAACAUUAAUUGAAGGGUCCAAGAACCCUGAAGAAAUCACAAAAGAGACUCCUUUAAUUAGUGUGUCAAACAAACCAUAUGAAGUCAAACCCAAAGAAAUUAAACAAGAAACCAUCUGGCCACUUGAUGAGGUGAGGGAGCCCCAGCUACAGAUAGAUAUAAAAGAAGAGAGGGAAGAAAGCUAUGAAUUGUGUCAAGAACUAAAGAACCCUGAGGAAAUUAAGAUAGAAGACAUGACAACCACCACUGAGAAAUCCGAAGAAUUCAGUGAAAUCAGUUUGUCAAAUGCAUCCACGCCUAGAAAUCAGACCGGUUACUCAUUACCACAGGAUGAGAAAAGUACUAAUGACACUUUUGAUUCAUCAAUACAGGUCAAAAUAGAACAAAUUUGGCCUGAUGAUGAUGAUGAUGAUGAUGGUGGUGGUGAUGACCCCUACAGUGAUAAUGCUCUCAUCAUCAAUUUGUGCCCAGCUGACCCUGCUCCCAUGGUUUGUAAAAAGGAGCCUGACGGUGAGUCGCCUAGCUUGCCUGUGGUGGCAAAGGAAGAAAUGGAGGUAGAACCUCUCCAAGCACCAUGCCUAGUAAAGCAAGAACCUGUAGACUCCUCAGAUGAAGAUAUAAAUGUGGACUACUUAAUUGACAACUUGGACUUCAUUAAGAAAGAGAUGAAGGAGGGCUCAGUCACUGAUCCAGCAGGUGCUGUGGAGCCCCAAACUGAUUUACAAGAGGUCUCAACAGAAUCUAAGCAGGAGAUGGAAUCAUCCUUAGUCGUGGCAGGCACCAAGGCCAAAUCACAGGGAAAACGAGUUACCUGGAAUAUACAAGAGCCAGAGGGCCCUCAACCAGAAAAAAUGAGCAAGCUUGCUCUCUUCAAACUGAAACUAAAACAGGAAGGGUCUCGCAAAGCUGCCUCCACCUCUUUUACAUAUGACUCUAGUCAGGAGUCAGCCACAGUCCAGGUGGGAGCCAAACCAACAGUAACAAGCCUCAACCCUCCGGCACAGGGGGGACGGUCAAACUCUGGCCAAAGAGGAUCAAAAUCCCACAAGGAAGAGCUCUUGCAGGACCCCCAACAGAAAGACAAGUACAUGAAGAAGCUUCAUAUGCAGGAGCGAGCCAUAGAAGAGGUGAAACUGGCCAUCAAGCCUUUUUAUCAGAAAAGGGACAUAACAAAGGAGGAGUAUAAGGAGAUCUUGCGAAAGGCUGUUCAGAAGGUGUGCCACAGUAAGAGUGGUGAAAUUAACCCAGUCAAAGUAGCCAACUUGGUGAAAGCCUAUGUGGAUAAGUACAAACAUGCCAGGAAGCACCAUAAAAGUGGAAGCUCUGGGCAGAGUCAGAGUGUAGAAGACCUGAAAGACUCGGAAACACCUGGGUGAUGAUGACACCCUUUUAUGGACAACACUUCAGUCAGUCUGCUCGGUGCAUACAUUUUAUAAAUUCAGCUUCCCUGAAAUCACAUGACUCCUGGGAACUCUUAAGGGCUCAACAGUUGCAUAAUCAGUUGUUUAGUUAAUUGUUUUCUUUAUUUGUUUCUGUAUAGGUUUUUGCCUCUAUAUAGUUACUUAUGAAAAUAAUUACUGUCUAGGGUGGGAGGGAAAAGUCGUUUUACGGUGGUGGGGACAAACAUCCAGAUGGUUGAUGGAAAUGCUCAACACACUUCUAUACCAUUGUUAAUGACAGCACAUUUAAAGUCAGAAAUUUUAUCAUUUUAGUGAGUUGUAUCAGAAAAGUUGACAAAAGCUGUUUUAUUUUAUCAAGAAAUUUGAUCGACUUGGUUGUCCAGGAAAGUUCUGUAAUUAUUAGACAACAGAGGCCUCAUUUUUAUCCAUGUAUUAUGUUUCCCAAUGUUGCACUGCUGUAAUUAAAGCCUUGAGAUUGUAUGCCUUUGAAAAGCAGCCCUGUUCAGGAAAAAUGGUUGUUUGAUAAAAAGGAUUUGGACAUUGAUGGUGUAGUUAUAUAUGUUUGGUGAAAUGUAAGUUCCUUUGAGAGCAACCUAUACUGGAGUGUGCUAUAGGUUUCAUUGAGAACAAUGAAAUCCCAGGUUUCGUCUUUGAUGACAAGAAUUCUCCUUGACUUGCAGCUAAUUUCUGACUGAGUUUCAGGAUAGCUGUACAAGCCUAGAGUGUACUGGCCUGUUGGUAACAGUAUGCAUGCCGUUGUGGAAAGUCUACAAAGAAGCAUUAGUUAAGACGUAGAUUUCUCUGGGUAUGAAUAAACACUGGAGAGUUUUCAUUUAAACUGAAAAUCCUGGCUUUUGUAAAGGGAUGUUUUAGACUCCUGGCACCAUCUCUAGCCUCUGUGUGUUUUUUACAGUUUUUCAGAGUAAAAAGAGCAAUGUACAAACAAUUUAGCUUUAUAUACAUGGUGUAGUUUAAUUUGAGGAACUGACUAUUGUACCUUGACACAACUGUAAUGUACCUUUUAGUUAAACUGAUAGCUAACAUUUUUGGUUUUGUUCUCAUUCGUAAGCCACAUGACACACAUUUAACUGGAGUCUGCAAAUAUGUCUGAUUAACUAAUUAUAAAAUUAUACCUUCUGAAUGUGUUCGUUAAUGAGUUUCUGCUGAAUAUGACACAGCUGUGUAAUUUGCCAAUGAUGGUUUGUGUUUAAUUUCUAUGGACACACCGGACAGAGUAAGAAGGAAUACAAAGAUUCACAGUCUGUUCAGAGUGAUGUUGCACUGCUACAGUGAGGGCCACAGUUGUGACAGAUUAUGCCAUUCUAAAGAAACAUCUUUCAGCAAAUUGCUUUUGAUGUUAAUUUAAUUCUUUUCUUUCCUUUUUGCAUCAGUAAUCUGUUUCUCCAUCAAGGACAAAUACAACAUUGUGAAAAUGAUCAAAGGAUGCAUUAUCAUUAUCAUAUUUGGUGAUUUUUUUUGUUUCUAACGUGACAAAGUGACUAAUUUUAGGCCGCACCUGUCAUGGUAAUACUUGAGAAAUGCAAAACCACUUCCACUUCAGUAUAAUAGGCUUAUUACAAGAGAGACUAAAACAGAAUUUUCUCAUAGUAGCCUGAGGCAGCUUGUUGAUAUCCACCUAAUAUGGUAUUCGCUGUCCUUAUUCACUUGUACAUGAUUCUCAUUGUGAACUGGAGAAUCCAUUCUGCUGUUUGUAAAUAUUUUCUUUAGAAAUUUAUUUAAUAAAAGAGAAAACAGAAGCCA